CUGAGGGGAGCCGGACGGCGGGCGCCCGGCCCCACCUACGUGACCAGGGGCGCCGCCGCCGCGCAUAGGCGUUGCUGGGCGUUUAUAAGGCGCGGAGCACGUCCGCCGCGGCGCUGCCAGCCCGUCUCCGCUCCGCCAGGUGCGCGGCCGCUGCCGUGAUGAACAUGAGCUUCUUCCAGAUACUGAGAGCGAAAAAAGAACUUAUUCCCCUGGUUGGAGUAGUGUCUUUUGCAGCGCUUGGGGCUACCUCUUUUUCCAUCUAUUCCCUGCUCAGCAAAUCCGAUGUGAUCAUUAACAAGAGCGGCAAUCCAGAACCUUGGGAAGCUAUAGAUCCUACUCAGCCUCAGAAGCUAUUAACAAUCAAUCAGAAAUGGAAGCCUAUAGAAGAGCUGGAAAAGGUCAAAAAGCUUACGAAGUGACAAGUUUCAGUUGCCUCAAAAAGGUACUCUAUGAAUCUAGUGGAAUCAUUUCUGCACAAACUUGACUACUGAAAUCAGUGUGCGGAAAUGCUUCUGCUACAUUUUUAGGGUCUCCCUACAUUUUUGGACUCUGGAUAAGGACUGUCAUGUUGCCUUAGAAGUUGCCAUACAACAUCCACAUAGUCCAAAAAUCUGUCUCAAAUAUUCAUUCUCAGUAGGCUCUUGACGUCAAACAUUGACUAUUCAGAUGGUAAUUAAACAGGAAAAACAAAAACCUUCAUACUCUUUGUAGUAUUUUAUUUUUAUCAAAAAUAUAGUAAUUUUAUAGUUUUAUAUAUUUUUAAUAAAACAUAUUUAGCUUUUUGCAACAUUCCAUUUAAAUCCAGUAUGAGGAGAUUAUCAAAAAGCCCUUUUGAAGUGGGAUUCCUGGUCUGCUGCUUCUUUAUACCAUAUUUCAGUGCUGUAUACAUACUGUAUAAUUGUAUGCAGACCAAAUAGUCAUCAUAGGAUGACUAAGGAUGUCUGUGUAUGGCAACAUAUGUGGUCAUAAAAUAUUCUCGUUUAAGGAAACAUUUAAUUUCUGUGUUGGAUGUGAUGAACAACUUGAGACAAAAUUAAGUUGUACUGAUAAUAAAAAACUUAGAAAUGUACUUAACCCACUGAGCAGUCCAAUAUGUUAUUUAAGACCACAUUUAAAACUGCAUGAUUAGAACGUAAGACUUCAGCAUGACUAAAACAGAAUUGGAAAUGGAAGGAAAUCUCUUUUGUAUUUAAAUAUUGUUGCUGUUUAAACUUACAAAAUGCUGUUAUAAUUAAAUAACUUGCAUUAUCCAAAACUUACUAUAUAAUGGCAGUUUCUUGUACUAAAUAUUUUACAUGCAAGCUUAAAUGUACUGCACAGUUAUCAGCGUAUUUUUAAACGCUUCUAGAUAGAUGCUGCUAAGGACAUCUGCUUUCACACAGAGAAAAUCAACAGAGAUUAAAAAUAGGAAUGCCCCUAUAAAGACACAUUUCCUUUCUAAGCAUCUGUGUGUUUUCCUAAAGGUCAGCUAGGGAAGGGAUGUAAUAGGUGUACCUGCAACAAAUUAAUGAGAGAUACAUGCCUCCAAAUGUAAAACAACCCUUUUGUGGAGGUAUUUUCUGUAUGUGUUCCCUUCCAAGUACUUUCACAUAUAUUACAGAGUUUCUGCUACACUGGACACUGAAAAAGCAUUACUUGCUGGCAUGAAGAAAGCAGAACAGGAAUAACUUAAUUUUAAAAAGUCCACCUAGGUGAAUAAUAGUGAAGUGCUUUAGGUUACUUUGCUGCAGCACAGACAAGAGUUAAAUUAGUGACACUGUCUCAUUAACUUUAAGGUGGUCUGGCUUCAAAGACUUUAUCUUCAGAGGCUUCAGGUUACUUGAUAUCAAGCAAUAAGAAAGUUAAAAUAUUAUUUUUGUCCUGCAUUUUUGUUCAGAUGCAGCAUAAAUAUUUAUUGCUUUUUUUCUCCUCCUUUUUACAAGUAAGGAUGACUCAGCAACAUUUAUGUAUAAGGGUAAGAGGAACGCUUAGGCUUCAGAAUGCAUUCUUGGCUUUCACUUUUAAGGAGUGAUGUUACAAGAUGAUUGGAUAGCCUGUAACCAAAAACAUUCACUGCUCUAAAAGUUUUGUGUUUUUACAUAGGAAAAUAUGUUAAAAUACAUUCUGUAAGUUAUUUUGUAUUUCCAUAUUUUUACUAGAAUGUAUUGAUGAAAAAUGUGUUGUGCUCUGAGUCGAUACAUGAAUUAAAUGAGUUUGUCCUUCUGUA